CGCUUGAAUAACUACCUCUGAUAACACCGAAAAACUGUCCAUUCGUCAGUUGAAACAGGAUAGUGGAGCCCCAGUAAAGCGUAUAGAAGUCCGCGACAAAAACCUUCAGAAAAAUCAAAUCAAUUCUCAAGCCAUAGACUUAGAAAAGUUAAGAAUGCAGCCAAGAGCUGUCCUGUCAGAAUAGUUGGCCGCAAUUAAUCAAACAGAAUGCAAACGCUCAAGUAAGACAUUUGCGAGUAGUGCAAAUCGUGAGUGGAUACACUUGCAGUUUUAAGGUGAACAUUGAUCAAUAAAAAUGAGGAAGCAGGCACUUACUUAUAUUGGCAUUUAAUUUAAAUAAUAAAACAGUGCAGUGCAGUGCAUACUAGCCAAUCAUCGUCGUACUCGCAAUAUUCGAGCAGAUACUCGAACUGAGUAGAGUAUUACACGUGACGGCAUUUUUAAAAUCGAACAGAUCGGGAGCAUAAAUAAAUCGCGAGAUAAUGAAGUGAUAUUGUUUAUGAGAUCAUGAUUAGAUUUCAAUUUUGUGUUGACAAGUUUUUCUUUUCCUUUGAAUAAAAUUAAUGUUUAAACCUUAUGCGAAUUUUAAAUAAAUGAAACAAACUUCCACCUGUCAAUGGACAAAAUAUCAAUGAGAUGUACUUUCCCAGCGUAACAAAGCAGAUAAGUCAAUUAUUCAAAUAAAAAAUUCGCACAGCAUAUAGAUGUGUACAUACGAUGUGUCCUCAUAAUAACCAAAAAAUUAUGUUGAGUAUUAAUUUAUCAUCGUCAACAAGAUUCUUGUUGGGGAGAAUAUUUGUGAUAUUAGUUUAUUUUGCAAGUGUAUUUUCAACCCCACCUUCGUGUGGAUUAUACGGAUCACCACCUUGUCAAUUUCUACCAGCUCCACCUGGACAAACACCAUCAUGUGCCAGACCGGGAAGGACUUACUGUGAGCAUGUGGAUAACUAUCCAACAUACCUCAUAAAACACCUCGUGCAUAAAUGGGGCUAUGAAGCCAAAAGUAUUAUCGUCGAUGAGACAUGGGAGGAAUUCGACGCUCUCAAUCUUCCAAUUGCUGACAUUCACAAUUUCUAUGAUCCAGCGCUGAUUUUCAAUACGCAAACUCAAACGCAACAUCCCUAUGGAUCGAAUAACUUCAAUGGCUAUAAAUAUGAUGGUCCAAAUCGGAGCAAGACUUCUCCAGCGAAUAAUAAUGCUUUUUCUACAUCACCCUCGUUGACUGUUGGCCCAGCAGCAAAUAAUGGUUAUCCAGAACCGAUUUACAUACCAAAGCCUCAUAAUGCAGACACAGCUAAAUUUCUCAUCUAUACUUCAUCUGGCCAACAACAGGCUACGAAUAGGAAUAAAUACACAAAUAUCCUUCCAUCGGACCAAAAUAAUGCUAAAACCACCAACUACUCACCAGCAGCAUGGUUUAAGCGAUAUGUUCGAGAUCUCAGUACUAGAGCUAAAAAGGCUGUACAAGAGCUGACUUCAUCAGCUAGGAAUAUGACUUCCCCUGUUUCAACUAGGGAUGUAUCCAUGAACUUAAAUCUCUACGAUAUAGUUGGCGUCAAUAGGGAAAAUCAUCGACAUCGUGUGAAGAGACAGAGUGAAGGAAGGUCGACCUUGUGUCAGACAUCAAGCCAAUUUAUAAUGCCUCAAGCAGCUCUCAAUAGCAAAGGAAAUUGGAUGUUUGUUGUCAAUGAACAAAACACAGCAAGGCAACUAGUGAAAGCUGAAUUAUGUGUAUCAACAGUUUGUGCUAACCUCUGUCAGCUGCCUAAUGGAUAUACAUCUCGAUGUGAACAAAAGUUUGUUCAGAAACGACUUAUAGCUCUCCAAGGAAAUGGAGAAAAUCUUUACACUGAUAGUUUUUGGUUUCCGAGUUGUUGUGUUUGCACCAUUGCAUCAAGUUUAAUGUAAUAUUCUUUUGUUCUCUACACAAAAAAGGACACUCCCACAAAAUAAUAAGAUGUUAACAAUAAUAUAAUUGAUAAAGGAACUUUUAGUAUUUAUAGCGCUUCGUUAAGAAUUUAAUCUAAUAUAAGAAAAAGAAUUGAAACAUUACAAAACUGAAGGAAUUCAAUUAUGAAUUUUAUUUAUAAAAUUUAAGACUUGAAAAUAAUAAAUAUCGCAAUAAUGGUGCAAAAAUAAUUUAAAAAAAAAGAAAACAAACAAAUAUUGAUACAUUUUUGAAACUAUACAAGUAAAUUUUGGUCUCGUCAUCAACAUCAAAAAAAUAUGUUUUAAAUUUACUUUAGCAUAAAUUUAAGUUCAGAUUCAUUAAAUACAUUUGUUAUUAGGUUUAGAUUAGUAAUAUAAAAAAAAUUAAAUUAAUUAAUGAUAAAAUAUGAUAUUGUAAAAGUGAUAUUGUAUUAAUUUUAAGACGAAUUUAAAAUAUACGAUACAUUUAUAUAAAAGUUAAUAGACUUAGAAACAUGUAUUAUUAACACUUUUAAUGUUCUAGUAUUCAAAGAAGGUGCUGACAAUAAUGAUGUUUUUAAUUUACAGAAUUUGAUUGCUUUGUUAAAAUAAAUUAUUUCUUAAAAUAACA